GCAGCGUAACCGAAGUCCAAUAGAAGGCACGGCGCUCUCCAUUGGACCCUCCCCUAUGUUUCUCCUCUUCUCCUCUCGUCUCGUUCCCCGCACGCUCACGACCUCGCCCAAACGGCCAACCCGCGGAAGAGUUUGCAGGUGGAAGAGGGGAGGAGGAAGAGGACGAGAUGGCGAAGGAGGACAAGUUCCCGGUGUGGGAGGCGGCGCUGCUCGCCGCCGUGGCCGCGGUCUUCGCCGCGGCGCUGGCGGGCGUCUACGUCUCCAUGCCCCACUCCGACUACAGCUUCCUCAAGCUGCCCCACAACCUCCAGGAGCUCCGAGUCCUCACCGACCAUCUGGAGGGCUACACCAGUAACUACACCAUCCAGGUGCUGGUGGGCUACUGCGCUGUGUACAUCUUCAUGCAGACGUUCAUGAUCCCAGGGACUAUUUUCAUGUCCUUGCUUGCUGGGGCCCUCUUUGGGCAGCUCGGUGGCCUGGCCCUGGUGAUCUUUGCUGCCACUGCCGGUGCUUCUUCCUGCUACUUCCUGUCCAAGCUGGUCGGCAAACCACUGGUCUCCUCGUUGUGGCCGGACAAGCUCAUGUUUUUCCAAAAGCAGGUUGCAAAGAGAAGAGAGAAGCUGCUUAAUUACAUGCUUUUCCUGAGACUCACUCCAACACUGCCCAAUACUUUCAUCAAUUUUGCUUCACCUAUAGUGGAUGUGCCCUACCAUAUCUUCUUCUUAGCGACAGCCACUGGCCUCAUCCCAGCUGCCUAUGUGACUGUCAAGGCUGGAAUUGCUUUGAGCGACCUGAGAUCGUUGAACGACCUAUACGAUCCGAAGUCGAUUGCGGUGCUGUUCCUGAUCGGGCUUGUUUCGGUGACGCCAACAUUGCUGGGCAAGAACGAGACGCAAGGCAAAGCACCAGCAGACUUGGCAGCUAGCACCACCAACUGAUCACUUGCACGCCACCCAAGUCCUCCUCUCCUGUAGAUACUUGAAACUCAUCGUCUGGUGGUGGCUCCAUGACUUCGAACCAAAUGGAGCCUGUCGCUGGCCACGAACAUGGCGAGGGUCCCAGUCUGUCUCCACUUCUCGAAAAACUUUUGUGCUAACAUUGCAAAAGGGAUAUCCCAAUAUCAUGGUCGCCUCAUCGUGAAUCUUGCGAGCGAAACGGACAUCGGAACAGACUGCUUUUCGUUUGUUGUGUUUAACAUUGUUUAGAUGGAAGGUUUCAGAUUCACUGAUUGUAUCUUGCACACGUUGACCAGAUUCAAUCAAUACAGCUGAUUCGGUGAUUCCUGAACA